AUAACUUUGUUUGUUCACCACACCCAUCUGCUUAAAAACUUGAAGAAUUCCAAAAGAUAUUGUUGGGAAAUUAUCUUCGUCUCAUACACCAAGUUGGGAAACUCCAACCAGAAAAGAAAUUCAGUUGAAGUGCACGGUAUCAGUUUCAGUGGGUUAGCAGAAAUUUAAGGGAAGGGUCAGAUUUUGAUUGAUGAUGUUAACCAUUUGUAAGGGCUUUGCUCUUAUAUAUGCAACCAACAACCUCCAACUUCCAUUUCAAAAAGAUAUGUUGUUAUUUAUGGCAUCAGGAGAGCGUUUUGGAAUGGGCGGUUUCGGAAAACAAGAGUUAACACAAGAGGCAUCUCAACCCGAUGCCACAAAUCCAAUUCCUGAUCUCCCAAAAGGAACGAGCCUUCAUGAUUCAAUACCUGUAGAUCUGCAACAAUCAAGUGAUGAAAAUGAAGGACAAAAAAAGCCAACAAAGAAAAAACUAGGAUGGGGUCAGAGGAAGGUGUGGCAGAAAAUUCCAAAGGCGGACAGGGAAAGAAUUGAAAAACACUACUUAAGUACUCAACCUCGUGAUAACUUUUGGGCAGGACUCAAUGAUGAGAAAGUGACAAACCAUGAUCUCAAAGAUAUUGUAUGGGACCUGGAACUGUCACAAAACGUUAUUGAGGCCUAUAUCCAAAUAGAGGAGGAUAAAGUAGAGCCUAUGCAGACAGAGAGUCCACAGUACAUGUCCACAUGGACUUGGGCUUACAUGCAAAGCUUCCAAGAGCCAUCUUGGCACAGGUUCCUGUAUGAACACUUACUUGAAAAACUCGGGAAAUGCAGUGUUCUUUUCUUUUUGAUUAUUUCAAAAGAAGAGUUCCACUUCACACUUCUCACAUUUCACAAAAAUUAACGAAAGUGGAGACACUACAAUCCACUUAGAUCGUUGGGACGUAGAAAAGAAGAAAGGUUAAUAUUGUUGAAGGGUGGCUAGAAUAUAUAAGACCUCAAGCACGAGUGUUCAUAGAAACUAAAAAAAAACCAACACUUGUGAAGCAAAAGGAAGGGCCCCCGACACUUGUACAAAAAGAUUUGACUCCAACUGAAGAACUCACUCUCAAUUGGAUUAUGCAAAAUCCAUUGCAGUUUCCAUUUGAGGAUGACAUGGAAUGUGCUCAACAAAGUGUAUCUUCAUUGGAUUGCGGCAUGUUCGUCAUGUUCUAUAUGGAUAAAAUAGCACAAGGACAGCCCAUUCCAAAAAGUGUGGACAAGAAAUUCAUGAAUGAAUAUCGAGCACAAUAUGUUACAAAACUCCUACACCACAAAAACUGUGUAAUUAAUCGUCUCUAGUGAUUUGCCUUUCGUUAACUCAAGACAAUAUGUAUCUUAAUUCUUGUGGAUGUUUGUAAAUAUUUCUAGUCAUGGUAUAUGAGAACAUAUUUCCUAUACAUAUAAACUGUAAUAUAAUCUUGGAACAGGAUGCAACAAAACGAAAAGGAAACAAACAAACUGCACUGAAUUUUCUGGUCAAAAAUACUGCAACAAAUUAAAACUGCAGUGCAGUUU